CUCCUUCGAUUCCCUACCAUGAGGUUGCUUCCAAUGUUGCUCUCUCUGGUCAAAAUGAAGGCGACUACCGGGUCGGAAAGAGGGAUGCGCGUAACCAGCAUUCGACGAUGACCCUCCAGAACAACAAUGACGCUAAGGGGAGCAGAACCAAGCAGACCACCCUUAGUCCCACCCUGGUGCGUUGCCUGUGUGUGACUAUCUCAUUCGUGACCACUGGUUUUGCCCUUCUUGCAUUUGGACUGACAUGUUACUUUUUGAGGGUAUACGACGAAUCUUCGGCCCCUUUUCCACACUUGUUGACUGUGAUUGCUUUUGGGGUGUCUGGUGGCCUCCUGGGUCUGGGGUUGGUGCUGCUGCUAUGUGUGUGUAAGAGGCGCAAGAGGUUGACCAAAGAGGCCCUGCUGGAUGAACUUCCAGAAGUCUGUAGCGAGGAUGCUGCCCAGUACAGAAAGAAGAUGUCCACUCCAGGAGAAGGGGCCUUGGAAUCCCAUGGAGUGCCCUGUGGGGAGGAUAUGGCAGAAAAAGAAUUGCCUCCACCCCCAUCGGAGCCUCUGGCUGACAGUAGCGAAGAUGCAUUUGAGAUGACUCAAGGUGGAACUUGUAAUUUUGAUGCACGGCCAGAUGACGAUGACGGCACCUGAGCUGGCACCCUCCUUCUCCAAACUUCCUCCAGCGGGAGGACUUUUGGCCCUGACGGAUUUAACGUGCACCAGACCCACUUACACGAAGGUUUUUUCGAUCGAAUCGGGUCUUGACCCUGAAAUCCUGCCUUUCCGAAGCCGAAGUCUUACCACCAAGCCACCUCUGCCAAAUUUUUAAUCAGAUUUAGAUGAGAAGGAUGACACCUGAUUUGACACAUCUCCAAUAUCCACAUUGCAUCAAGAUUCAGGAAAAUCCAUUGCCACUUUUAUUAUUUUUAUUUACUUACAGGAAAUCUCAUGGAAUAUUUAAUUCAUAUAUAUUACAUGUGAUAUGCUUUUUAAUUAGUUGGGCAUCAUAUUUAUGUUUAAUGUAAUCAGUAAUUCUUUUACUGAAAAAUUGAAUUAAAUUACAUUUUUAUGUGUCAUAUAUUUUAUGUGUCAUUAUAUGUCAUAUUACAUUCAUAAAAACUAUUAGGUUUUGCGAACUUUUCUUAAAAAAUUAUUGAGUGUAAUUUUUUAAAUUUUUAAUUUCUUAUAUUUAUUUAUUAUUAACUAGCCGCCUUUGGCGACCAGCCGGUUCGCCAAUCUUAAUGUUCGUUAAAAUUUUAAUAAUUAAAUAUUUUAUGCAAUUUCUACUUUAAUAGCUUCUUCAUCAAAAUAUUUUAAAACUUCAAAUUUUGAUUAUCAUAUAAUUCAUUCAUAAUAUUAUAAAGGCCUUCAGUCAUAACGUAAUAUGUAUCUCUCUCAUUUUCUGUUAGCACCCGUAGAAUUUAUGCUUUAAAUUAAAGUGGAAAGAAUUUAUCUUCAAUUAAUAUAAUAAUAUUUUUUACUGAAACAAAGCAUUUUUUUAUAAUCUGAUUACUGAAAAUAGAGUCACUCAGCGUUUAAACUUUAUGGGCACUAAAGAAUAUUUUUUUAAAUUUAUGUAAUAUCUCAAGAGUUGGUCAACAAAAUUUUCUUAGAUUCAUUAUGAGCAGAUCGAUUCAUUAACAAUGUUUAAAUUUAAAUGCAUCAAACACUAAGAAAAUAAAACGAAUCGUUUAAAAUAAACGGUUGAAAACUGGUUUUAAAAAAACUACUUAAAAAACGUUGUACUUAAAACUAUAAGCAUAUACAUGUUGUCAUGGCAACAAUCAGAACAGAAUGCGCAUGCGUGAAUUUUCUUCGCCGGUUACGUAACGCAAAUACGUGAUUUUUUCUACGCCAGUUGGGGUAACGCUAUGCGGAUUAGAAAUUUUUAAUUUCCUUUAUUCUGUUUUAUUUUAAUUCAAAAGUACUUCAGAAUGAAUCUGAAAGA